GGCACCCAGAUCGAUUGCCGUAAUCGUCCCCCGGUUUUCUUGGUUCUCAUUUGACGACUUCGCAGUACAGUUCGAGAGAUUGUUCGGGACGGUUGGUUUACGUGUGUGUCGGAUCGUAUGAUCAUCGGUCGUGGUCUAGAUAUUCAAGAAAUCCACCAUUACCGAUAGAAUGAAGGUUGCGCCGAAAGCAUGGAUGGUACUGUGUGUGGUGAUUCUAAUCAUGCUAGCUGGAGACGUAAAUGCGCGGCGUGGACGCGCCCGAGGACGCACCAAAUCAAGGAUGCAAAUCGGUUUACCAAUUACCGGAAAGUACCGAGAUCCGGAAUCCGAUCAGUACUAUAACAAUAACAACGGUGCAAAGAUCACAUUGGCCUCCCAUUUCGAUUAUGAAUACGUAUUGGGGCACAAAAUAGCGUUCCUGUGCGUGGCUCGUGGCACCCCUCGGCCGACAAUCACGUGGUUCAAAGACGGAGUGGAAAUCUUCAGUCAUCUCUACUUGCAUGUACACGAGUGGUACAUCGGAAAGGACAAGGUGAAAUCCAAGAUAGAGAUAGAUCCUGCAACGCAGAUGGACGCCGGAGUGUACGAGUGUACGGCAGAUAACAUGUACUCGAUUGACCGGAGGAGUUUUAAGACCGAUUUCUCGAUUGCAUUCGAUUGAAUCUGCUCAUUGGAUGAUGGACUGUGUUUUCAGUGAUAGAAUAGUUGUAAAGGUUAAGCUUACGAUUAAGGCGGUGUAAUAAUUCUUAUUGCUUCCAUGAUUUCAAAGGAAGUUUCAAAAAUUAGAAAGAACAUGACAAAGUCACCAAAAAUAGAUAUCAAUAACAUGCAA